AUGAACGCCUACUCGACUGGGCGCAUUGGUCAACACCAUAUCGUUCUAGCCCACAUGCCUCGCAUGGGUACAACUAGCGCAGCCAGCGUAGCAACCGGGCUCCGCCUGAGCUUUGAGAGAAUCAGACUUGCUCUCGUUGUCGGUGUCUGUGGUGCCGCACCUCUUGGAAGACCCAUUAUUCUUGGAGAUGUCAUCAUAUCCGACUCAGUCGUCGAAUUCGACUUCGGCAGACAAUAUCCGAAUCGUUUUGAGAGAAAGCGCGGUCUCAAAGACACACUUGGUAGCCCAAAUACAGAAAUCAGAGCGCUUCUCAACAAGCUUGAAACACUAUCUGUGCGCCAGAGGAUGGAGAAGACAAUACUACAGAAUCUCGCAAGAUUGCAAGAGAAGAGUAAUACAGCCAGAUAUCCAGGUGCCGAGCACGACAGACUUUUCGCUGCUUCAUACCGUCAUAUGCAUCAAGAUAUUUCAUCGCAUGGUUGCAGGGCUUGUAUAAAUGCUCUAUCAACCAACGAUCUGAUAUGUGACGACGCACUCGAGUCAGACUGUGACAUGCUGGGUUGCAACGGACUUGUAGUUCUGGAGAACUCGGUUCGAGGCGCGCGUCUUAACUCAGAGAACCCUGCGCCUUUGGUACACAUAGGCACGAUUGGCUCAGCCAAAAUGGUCAUGAAAUCUGGCGAACACCGUGACGCUGUUGCUCUUGAUAGUAACAUAAUCGCUUUCGAGAUGGAAGGAGCUGGUGUGUGGGACACCUUGCCUUGUGUCGUCGUGAUCAAAGGUGUUUGCGACUAUGCCGAUAGCCAUAAAAAUAGCAUAUGGCAAGAAUAUGCAGCCGCAACAGCGGCCUCAGCUGCAAAGGCAUUUCUAGAUCAUUGGACUUCCAGACAGCACGACAUAAUUUCGGAAGGUUCCACCAGGAAACGACAGUUCUCGCUCAGUGCUGAAGACGACUUCAACGCCCGGAAUGGAGCUCACCGCAUGCCGCCUUCGGAGAGGCAGAAUGCUAUGAUAUCAGCCCUGUCCAUGAAGGACCACACCAGCACAGACUCCCAGCCUCCAGCGCUCGUGGACCUUGAUGCACGAAAAAUCAAAUUAGAGUCUCUGAGUUAUGAACAGCUUGAUGCUCGUCAGGCCACUAUCAAGACUGCUCACGCUGCUACAUGUGAGUGGCUGUUAAGCGAACCAAAGUACCUGGAUUGGCAGAGUGAGAAUAAUACUCCUGAGCACCAUGGUUUCUUAUGGAUAAAAGGGAAGCCUGGCGCAGGUAAAUCGACAAUUAUGAAGUUUGCCUACAACAAUGCGNAAAAGAAUGCAAGAGGCUCAGUAGUCAUUUCUUACUUCUUCAACGCUAGAGGCGAAUCCCUGGAAAAGUCUACUAUUGGAAUGUACCGAUCGCUAUUGUUUCAGCUGCUCAGCGAUGUCCCUCGGCUUCAGGAGAUCCUUGACACAAGAGAAGCACUUAAUUUGCAGGCUGUGUCUCCCCACUCAUGGACAGUCGAAACCUUACGAUUGCUUUUUCGUCGAGCUAUCAGGAAACUCAGAAAUCAACGUCUGACUUGUUUCGUUGACGCAAUUGAUGAGUGUCAGAACAACGAAGACCAAGUGCGAGAGAUGGUCUGCUUCUUUGAGGCAUUAGGAGAAUGUGCAAUCACAGAGAAAACACGAUUCUUUGUGUGCUUUUCCAGUCGACACUAUCCGCAUAUCACUAUCGACAAAUGUGUCGAGCUGAUUCUCGAAGCUCAGCCAGGUCAUUCGGAGGAUAUCACAAAAUACAUCAGUUCUAGACUCAAGGUUGGACGUAGUAAACGUGCUGAACAGAUCAAGUCUGAAAUGCACGAGAACGCGCAAGGUGUUUUUCUGUGGGUGGUACUUGUUGUGCCCAUGCUCCAAAAAGCUUACGAUCACGGCCAAGUGCACGCUCUUGGCGAAUGUCUCAAGGGAAUUCCAAAGGGCCUUGACGAAUUGUUCGAGGAUAUCCUGAAGAGAGACGCCGAGAAUAUGGAGAAUCUGAAGGCCUGUUUGAAAUGGAUAUUGUACGCAGAUCGACCACUGAGCCCCCAAGAACUCUACUUCGCCAUUUUAUCUACAUCCAGUUCAGCUACCGUCACGAUAUGGGAUUCCGAGGAAGUCACAAUCGCAGAUAUCAACAGAUUCAUCCUGAGCUCGUCCAAGGGCCUUGCUGAGCCAACGAGGAGCAAAACUCCAACCAUACAAUUCAUCCAUGAAUCUGUGAGAGAUUUCCUUCUUAAGGACAGUGGUUCGGCACUACAAGCAGACAUAGGUCUUGCCUCGGCAGGCCCUAUACAUGACCUUCUCAAGCAAUCUUGUCAGCGCUAUUUGGUCAGCAUCCCAUUGGACAACAUUGGAGAAUUUUCUCGUGAAAACGAAAUCAAGUUUCCGUUCUUAAAAUAUUCAAUCCACAAUGUCUUCAAGCAUGCUGAAUCUGCAGCUAGCCUUGGGUUGCCUCAAGAGGGAUUCCUCCAUAAUUUCCCGCUAUCAGAAUGGAUGCUGUUGCACGAUUCUACCGAGCAGUAUAAGAUACGUCGCUAUGCUGGAGCAAGUCUGCUGUAUAUUCUUAUAGAGAAAAACCUCUUGCAUCUCUUCCAGAUCGAGAUCUGUCGAAGUCGGUCAAUAAAUGUCAGGGGCGGACGGUACGAUUUCCCUAUUUUCGCCGCCGUAAUCCUCGGCAACGUACAGAUGUUGGAAUCACUGCUCCGACACGGCGCUGAUCACGCUAAGAGUUGCAAAAGUACAAACAUGCUUUUCAUGCUGCUUUAG